AAAAAACCGGGCGACCAUCGGAGCGGGUGAUGGAUCCUGUUCCCCUUUGGCUUCGCUCCGACAGCCUCUCAGCACCAAUUGGUCUCGCGAUCCUCUUCGCGCCAUGCUGUCUGCGUCGGUGCCCACCGUGUCGAGUGAUUCCUGUCUCUUCCUCGCUCUGUAAAUUCACGCUUCGACUCGGCCACCAGUACACCCUCUUUUCUUCACGCCCUCAUCCCUUCCCUCGAACCUCCGCAAUCGCCCUCGUGUCGUGCGCAGUCAGCCUCUCUCCCUCGACUCUCGGAGAACACGCCCUUGUUCGCACCCGAUAAUCUCUCUCUACAUAUGUGACUGUAACAAUGCCGCCCAAGAAAGCGCGCUCAAGUUCUCCCGCGACCGAGCGACGGGAGCGUCUGACCUUGGCCAAACUGGCCAGUUAUGACGACGUCGCAACAGAUGCGCUGGUUGAUCACGCCUACUUUUGGACCACCACACGCAAGAAUCGCAACAAAUACAGCCCUGCCCGCGGCAUCCACGAUGACGACGUGGGCCACAUCCUCCUCCACGAUGUGGUCGUCGCAAAGGACAUCCAGACGGCGGAGCGUAAGCUACUUGAACUGCCGGGUCUUCGGAAAUACCUGGCCAAUCUCCCCAGCCCUCGAGAGAAGGAGUGGUUCCGCCGUCAUCUCCGCAAGUAUGUUCAGAUGUACCACCCGGACUGUCCGUUCGAGGUGACGACCACGAAUCGUUACAUUAUCACACAGCAUGAGGCCGCGAUCUGCGCCCGCAAAUUUAUCAAGGCGGGUCAGGAGAUUAGAUAUCUCGCCGGCACCCUUGUCGCCAUGACUAAAGAAGAGGAAAUGGACUUGGGUCUGACCCGCAAGGAUUUCAGCGUGGUCAUGUCUAGCCGCCGUAAGACCCCCUCCUUUUUCCUGGGGCCCGCUCGCUUCGCCAACCACGACUGCGACGCCAAUGGCCGCCUGGUGACUCGCGGAACCGAGGGCAUGUCGGUAAUGGCGACUCGUGAUAUUCAUGAAGGAGAAGAAAUUACCGUCUCCUACGGUGAGGAUUACUUUGGCAUUGACAACUGUGAAUGUCUGUGCAUGACCUGCGAACACGAGGUUCGCAACGGAUGGUCAGCCCAGGCGCAGUCGGAAGAGAACGACAUGGAGUCUUCCACAGUUUCAGUCAACGAGGCCGACCUCGUGGAUCAUGACUCGGCAAGUAAGAAGCGCCGACGUGAUUCUGAUUCGGACAUGGAGGACGAAUCCUCGAUUUGCUCCACUCCAAACAAGCGAGCCAAAUUCAGUCGUCAGACGUCCAAGUUGCGUGAGGAGAUUUGCAUCUCUGAGCUUCCUGCUGAAUCGACUGCCACCCCCGAGACCGAAAUCCCUCUCACCCCGGAUUCGGAUCUCGACACUCCGGUCAUCUCUGUUUCUGUUGCAAGUGAGCGGCAGGGCUCUAAACUACGACAGGAAAUUGUCGUGGCCCAAACUCCGUCCGAGUCAUUGCUCUCCUCUACCCAGCAAACCGAUCAAUCACAACGAUUCGGCACUAAUCUUGCGGUCAUUGACGCCGAUACAGUCACUCUAAUCGACCAUACCAAGAUCACUAAUCCCCCAGCUAAUGGGCCAGUCGACUGCCACUCCCCCAGCUCCACGGACGAAUCCCAUCAAUCCUCAACCUCAAGUCUCCCGACCUCUGUGGAUGAGAUCGGAAUUAAGGUGAAGAGCGAAGACUUCGCAGGAUCCCACCGUCCCGGCCCUUCCCAAGUUGCAGAGAGUCCUCUCGAAAUUUCUAUCACAGAUGAUACCUUGCAAACGGUCGUUGAGAAGAAGCGAAAGCCCCGGCGAAAGCGUAACUGGGCUGUCGUCGUCUCAGUUGAGACAGAAGUACCUAUCACUCGAUCACCCGGCGACUACACCAAGACCUCACGACUGCUCGCCCAAAAGUACGAUCGUUGGGUCGAUUGUCAAACCUGCGAGUCAUGGUUUGUGCAGUCCAACUCUUACCAGACACGUCGCGAGUGUCCGCGGUGCGAGCGACACUCGAAAAUUUACGGAUUCCAAUGGCCCAAGACUGACAAGGGCGCCGACCGUGAAGAGCGAGUCAUGGAUCACCGCACCAUCCAUCGCUUCUUGUCUCCAGAUUCUGAGGCGCGUGUCUCCCGCCGGGACCGGGGCAUUAGUUUCGGCAUCACGCCUACCCCAGAGCUCUCGGAUGCACGCACCGAGACUCCAACAAGCGAUGCCAAUGAACCCCGUCGUACCACCCGUGCCAGUCGUCGCCGGACUCGGGACUUUCGAAUGACGAUGGAGUUAUUGGUUUAAUUCGGGACAUGUGUACUACUACAUAUGGAGUAGACAAGAUAACGAACAUAUCUGGAAUGAAUGGGAU